AUGGAAGGAGCACCCGGUGGAGAUGCCGCAGGUGGCAGCCAGGGACCCCGUCCUGCCAACAAACGUCUUCAGCAGACGCAAGCUCAAGUUGACGAAGUCGUUGGAAUUAUGAAAGUUAACGUCGAGAAAGUGCUGGAGCGGGAUCAGAAAUUGUCGCAGCUUGACGAUCGCGCCGAUGCUCUCCAGGAGGGUGCCUCCCAGUUUGAGAAGUCUGCAGCCACGCUCAAGCGCAAGUACUGGUGGAAGAACCUGAAGAUGAUCAUCAUCAUGUGCGCGAUCGUGACUGUCUUGAUCAUCAUUAUCGUCAUCUGGGCCGGAGGCAAA